AUGGUAAUUCCAGAGAUAAACAUGUGCGACUUCGAAGCAGGAAUGAAAUGCCUGCAAAAUCCAUCAACAAUCUCCUGUUUAUUUUCGAUUCCAACCUUGUGGAAAUAUGGCGCUUUAAUCUUGGCAAUUUUUGCUACUUUCAACAGCAUAAUUAAAAGAAUUAAGCUCAUUUUCAUUCGUUUCCACACUGUAAAACCGUGUUCUAGUCAAACCGAAGACGUGUUCGAGUUCAGCGACGAAGACGACGACGACGACAUAUCGCUAGCGUCUUCGGAUGAUGAACAGGAAGGGGAAGAAGAUCACCCGACGGCGGUAAAAAAUAGAGAUCAACACUGCUUUGAAGGAGAUUUCGGCGUGAGAGGUUCAAUCCUCAGUUUCAAAAGUCAGCGGCAGAGUGGUCAAUUGAGGCGGCGGGGCAGCGGCGGCGCGUGGUCGGAAUUCGCCUGUGGUAAAAAUGUUGUUAAGCUUUGGGAUAGCUUAGGGUUUAGCGUAGAAAUUGAUGAUUAUCUAUUCAAUUAUGAUACGAAUAGCAUUGUUUCUACGUGGAAUCGCCACCAAGAAGAGAAAUCUAGCGAGUUUCGCGGCGAUAUCUGGCCGGUGCCGGCGUUAUUUCUGACGGCGGAGAGCAACGGGAAGGGAGACGGCGUGAUUUUAGGCGGUUACGAUAGGAGGAUGAGAAGCAGCGUCGCGGCGCUGCUCGCGGAAUGGAAGCUUCCGGCGGAGAAUGACGUCAGCGGGGUGGUGACGGUUGGUGAUGUGAGGAAUGUUAGGAGGCCGUUAGGCGAUACGUGGUGGGAAGCUGACGCCGUUAUAACGUCUAGGUAA